CUCUAAGCGGAAAGAGGACGUUAUUGACGGAAUUUAUCUAUAAAACAGACGUACCAAAUUAAUGUUUUUAACAAUAUUAUAACUCGUUAAAAUGAGCCUGUACGCAGGCCAGUUUGGCCUUAAUCGGCCUUUUAACAGAAAUACUUAUUAUGGUGCAAAAACUGAUAAUUACCAAGCUCAUAAUGAGUACAUCAGCGCAUAUGAGGCCGCAUAUGGGCAAGGUUCCGCUUCAACGGGAGAAAACUCUUACAACUACUGUUCUGGAGAAGUCGACCAGACUUUCCAAGAAACCGCUGGAUAUGGAAAUGAGUUCCACGAUACACAGUAUGAAUAUCAGGCUAAUGCUGAAUUUACUGAAGAUUACAGUGCAGAGUAUUAUACAGAUAAUAAUGCUGACUAUACAGCAGAUUACAGUGCCGAGUAUAGCACAGAUUACAAUGCUGAGUAUACUGAAGAAGGGUAUGGAAAUACUACCAACUAUGAUUAUGGAUAUGAACAACAAAGUGCAGAGGGAUAUGGCUAUGAGCAAGAUUCUUAUGCAGGGCAGACUGCACCAGUCACAGAUUACCACAAUUAUACAAGUGGAGGCUCAAGCAGAGGGGCGCCCUCGAGUGCUGCACAGUUUGGAAACAGGAGGGGAAAUUACCAAGCACAGAAUCGCUUUGGAAUAACAGGUCCAGCAGCAAACUUUUCUGGUCGUGGAAGAGGAAGAGGAAGAGGACAAUUUAACCAGAAUGCUGGUAGAAAGCCACCUCGCCAGCAAUGGCAACCACAAGGCUAUGGCCAAUUUGGGAAAGUAAGAGACUCAGAAAAGGGACAGUUUGAUACCAGUAGAGACAAUGAAGGAAGAGGGCAAUUUAACUUACCAUCAAAAAACACUGGAAGUACAAAUAUUGUGACACAGUCUGCAGUAAAGAAAACCAAUGAAGGGGGAAAAGAAGGACAGUUUGGCCUGCCAAAGGAGACCACUGAACCUCCAAGUAGUACAGAAACAUCUGCACCAACCUCAGAUAGAUCCCAGCAGUCUGCACAGAAACAGGAGUCAAAUGAAGAGAAAAAAGAACAGUCUGAGGUGAAAGACGAAUCAAAAGAGGUUCCAACAGAAAAGCCAAAUGAUGAGGAAGAGAAUGAUGAUGAAGACAGUGAUUCUUCUGAUGAAGAUACAGGGUUCUGUAAAUAUUGCAAGUUGAAUUUCAGCACUCCAAAGGCUUACCAUACCCACACACGUGGAUUACAGCAUACAACAUUAGUUAUGGAAGCUAAAGCAAAAAAAGGGGAUGUCCGAUUCCAGAAAGAAGAGGUUGAUGCAUCAGUGCUUGAGGUACACAUUCCGGAACCAAAAGCACCAUCACCGGAGAAAGAAGACGAAGACGAGGUAGAAACAAACUGGAUGAAUCUUGACGAUGAUGUGAUGAAAUACAUCAAACAGAAUAGACCCGAAAAUAGAGAUCUGAACCCAAAUGAUGUCGGCAAAAAUCCUUUACCAGAUGAUUUCACCUGCCCAUUGUGUAACAUAAAGUGUACUGGAGCUGGAGCUUUCAAGAUGCAUAUUGAUGGGAAACAACAUAAGAAUAACAUCGAGGCAGCAAAGCAGGGUGCCAAGAUUAAGAAAAAGAAAAUUGCUUCAAGUGGUGUUAUGGUGGAAACUAAAGACAGACCGUCCAAAUUUUCUGAAAUGGCCAAAGACAGCCAAGUAGCUUUGCUAGGCCUGGAGUUUGUGACGGAGUUCCAGAAGACAGAUUUCAAGUUACCUCCGAGAUACGUGUGUAACCUGUGUGAGUCCAAGUGUGAUGGCUCUACCAUUAUACCACAUGUGAUUGGGCUUAAGCACAGACUGAAAUACAUGCAAAUCAAGAGGCCUCUGAUGUACGACCAUUUGACAAAGUUUAAUUCAAAGAGGAAGAAGUCCGAGAUGAAUGCAAAUCUUGAAGAUUUUGCUAACGAGAUUGAAGCUGAAGUGGGCCGUGGUGAUGUAAAGAUUAAAGUGGAACUAGAAAAUUUUGAGGAUGAGGAUGAACUAAAGGAAACAAUGAUGAGACAUUCAAAAGCACUUGCUGUGAAAGUGAAAGAGAUGGAAGAAGGAAAGAUAGAUUCAUUUAAUGAUGAAACAACAUCAAGAUCAAAGUCAAAGGAACCACCGUCAAAGAAGCCAAGAAUGGCUGUAGAGCUUGCUACAGAAUGGAGGUCGAGACCACGUCACGAAGACCACUUCUCAGAUAGAUGGGGUCCCAAUGACCGCGCCAGGCCAGAUGACCUGAAACGACCUUCUCAUGAUAAGUAUGACCGCCCUGGGCCAGAUGACUUGAGACGACCACCACAUGAAAAAUAUGACCGCCUGGGGUCAGAUAACUUAAGACGACCUCCAUAUGAUGAACCAAGGAGGCCACCAUAUGAUGACCCAAGAGAUCCCUACUAUAGAAGGAGGUAUCCUGAGGACUUUAAGGCCUCUUACAGGGACAGAUUUGACCCCUAUAGGAGAGAUGACCCUAUGUAUGAAAGGCGAAUGUUUGAUGAAAGACGACGUUUGGAUGGUUUAAUGGGAGAAAGAUAUCGUCUUGAUGAUCCCUUUGCUGAGAGAAGACGUGUAGAUGACAUCGUAGAGCGUAGACGAUACCUGGACGAACUUGAGAGGUCACGUGUCGCAGACAUAUUGGAGAGACGGAAACGGUUACAGGAAGAAGAUGUUGAUUAUCUCCGUCUUCAGAGAUUUAUGGGCAGAGAGAGUACAGUUGCCAGCAGCAGUCCUAGUCUUAGUGUGGAGGAGAAGACGAGGUUAGACAGUCAGCUAGCACGUAGAGAGGCUCUUGCAGCUAGCACAGCACAAUCUAAACAGGAGACGGACGUCCGAGCACAUAGGGAGGAACUCCCUGCACGAUCUAAUCCUAAUCAGGAGACGGAUGUCAAAGCUAUACAAAACAAGUUAGCAGCUCAUAAAAGCACUGAUCCCAAUAUGGCAGCUCAACAGGAGAAGGCUGCAAAAGCUUUGCAGGAGGAAGCUGCCAAAAAUCCUAAUGUGAAUAUUGGAGAAAUAAUGGCCAAUCUGUCCACCUCAAUGAUAGCAACAGAGGAUGAUGCUGCUAUGGCUCUACAGAUUUCCAAUGCCCUCACACAGGCACUUCUCAAAUACAGGAUUCAAAAUGCUCCUCGAGAGCUUGCCUCUAUAACCAAGUCGAUAGAACCAAUGUUUGAACAGAAACCAGUUGAGCCGAGUAUCCCAGGCCUGGGGGCUUCCUGUACUACAUCCAGCAGUGUUCCUUCUUUCUUGCGUACUUCUCAACACAGUGUUCAGAGCUCAAUACUUCCUACAGCCGACAGUAACAGCUCUUAUCUACAAACCUCUGUGCAGGGAACUCUGGGUUUGAGCAUUCCUCAGUCCAGUGGUAACCCUUCCUAUCUAUAUACCCAACAGCAGAGUGUCCCAAGCUAUGUAGGUCAGCAGUAUAGUUACACUGGGAGUACACAAGCAACAGGAAGUACAUUAUACCCAUCAUUUUCACAAAAACAACCCACAGCUGCACCAGCUGUGGCACAGGUUUCAAGAGACUUUGGUGGGGUAACUUCUGGGAUAACUAAUCAUACAGGCACCGCUGUGGUGCCCGGGACACUUCCUAGUGGGGCAGCGGCUCCUCCCCAUGUACUAACUGCAGGUCAGGGUCAGAAGAAACCUGCUAUUGAUACUUCAAAUGUAGAUCAGCCUCAAAAACUGUUGCUAGAAUCUAUCAGAAAACAAACAGAACUUUUGAAACAGAAAAUUCAAGCUUCAGUUGGGAUUGAUUCUCGGACAGUUGAUACAUCUGUAACUGCACAAAGUCAGCCUAAACAUGUGCCUAGUUCCACACAUGCUGCUUCAUCAGCCAGUUUAUAUACAAGUUAUGCUAGUUCAACAACCAGUCAGGUUCAUUCUGCAGCUGGAUAUGUGACUUCACAGGCCAAUAAAACUGCAGCUAGUCAGCACAACUCUCAGUAUCAUCAGUAUAAUUAUCACACAGCUCCACUGAAUGCAGCUGCACAAGGUUUUGUUCCAGUGCAGCCCCCUUUACCGAGUCAACCUCCUCCAGCACCUCCUUUACCAACCAAUGAUCUGCCACCGAUAAGACGGAAAAAGCGAAAUUAGAUUAUUUUCUCUGUUGACUGCUGUUCCUUACUGAAAAUCUUCAGACUUAUUUGUAGCAAACUUAAACGUUAGAGAGUUGAUGAGGGUUGGGUUAGAAGUUGUAGCCAUAAAUUGCCAACUUUGUAUGGAGAGAACUAGUCUAUAUGGGUUGUGAUAAUAAACUUCUGGGUAACUUAAAAUGAUGGAAAUUCCAGAAAGUGUUUAAUUAAAGGGAAGGGUUGGAAAUUCUUACUCAAGUAGGAGUUAGAAUUAUGUAGAAGAACUAACACUUCCAGCUGUAUUUGUAAAUUUACACUGUGGGUCCCUACAAGCACUGCUUACUUGUAAGGUAUGAUAUGUCCGAGGAAAUAAACACUGAAAGUGAAAAAGUCAAAAUUUCUUAUCAUUUGUAGUGAUCUUUUUCGGUGUAAAAUAUACCAGUGUUUUAGAAAACUUUAGUUUGUUGGGUUACAAUGAACUUAAAUGUCAUAGCAACAUUUUGUUGCUUACAUUCAUGUAAAAUCAGUCUUUUACCAAAUUUUAUUCAUUUUAUAGCAAAUAGAAAUAUUCCCUUUCAUUAAAGGUCUUUUAGUUAAUAUAUAUAAUGAAGUAUAUUUGACAUGUACUUCUGAAAUGUUUAAAAUUACCAAGAGUGUAAGAAACAUGUUAGGAUUUAGAUAACAUGUUUGUUAACAGAAUUUUGUCAUGCAGAAUGGUUGUGUUCUAUAUUGUGUUAUGUCAAAUAUUGUUAUAGAUAUUAUUAUAAUUGAAAUAGAAAUGUGAAAAUAGGAUACUUGUAAUUGUAAAUAAGAAGGACUACAUGGUCCAGGGUUAUGAAACUUGAGGUUGAAGACCAGUCUCGGAAUACAGACUUGCCAUUGGUCACUUGUAAACUUCUGCUCAGAAACAACCAAUCAGAGAUUGGAGAUUUCAGAAUGGUAUCCAAUUUCAGUUUUAUAACCUUCUGACCCAGGUUCUUAUAUAUUGUUAUUACCUAAUAGUCUAUGGAAAUUCAUCACACUGUCUCAAUAAUUUUGUCAAUACUACAUGAGAGGUAAUAUAGAUUUAAAGGCCCUGACCUCCAGUACAACAACAAAAAAAAAUAUUUUUAGAUAUCAGGAAAAUGUUGCUAUAUUUCUUAAGAAGGCUUUGAGACUAAGUUACUGACAGAUUUUGUUAUGGAAACUCACGAGAGUUACUUAUUUUUCCAAUUUUUCCUUUCAAAAUUGAAAAUCAUUUGUAACAGGGUACCAGAGGUUAACUGCCUUAGUUAUAAAGCUUUACGUUUAAUGAUCGUUAGGUAUGUAUUCACCUGUGGUUUACUGGUCAACAACACAGGAUAUUUUUUAUUGCCACAACAGCCCGGGGAUUCGAUUCCCAACGUGAGCAUGAUUUAUACUUGAAUACACAUUUUUAAUAUAUUUUAGAAACAGAAACUCGUGUUCUUAUGUUUAUAAUAUGAUGAAACAUCAAUUUUAAAGAAAGGUCAUUUUUUGCCAAACUCGGGAGUCCAGUCCCAUUUCAGAAUAUUGUUAUAUAUGAAGGGGUGCACAAAACGUCUCUCAGCAUCUCUUAUUAAGUGUUUUAUCAACAGCAGUGACUUUAAAUGUUUCAAAGCACAGUUUGGUUACACAAGCUAGUUCCUUUAAGAAAUCUCAGUAUAUGCAUUUGUUCAUUUUUUUUUUUUUCUGAAGUUCUACAGGUAAUAAAACAGUUAUUUCAAUGAUGUUUUUGGAAUAGUCAGUACUAUUGUCAAAUGAUGUGAAGGUCAACAUUUAGAACUGUUACCUUGAGAAAAGUUUGUUAGGACUGUCUACAAGCAUUAAAGAAAUACUGUUUUACUGGGUACAAAUCUUUAUGCCCAAUUGAUAAUGUACCCCCUUCAAAGAAGUGUACAUGAAUACUGUUUUGCUCCUAAUGGUAGAUAUUUGGCUUUCUACAAAGCUUUAGCCAAUGGUUAAACUUCAUAGCAUGAUUGCAUGUUUGUCAGUUCAUGCCCCUUGUUGUUUUUAGCUCACCUGUCACGUAGUGACAAGGUGAGCUUUUGUGAUCACCCUUCGUCCGUGCGUCAACAAUUUCUUGUCUGCACGAUAGUGGUUUCAUUUAUGAUUUUAUUUUAACCAAACUUGCACACAACUUGUGUCACCAUAAGAUCUCGGUUCCUUUCUUGAACUGGCCAGAUUCCAAUAUGGGUUCCAGAGUUAUGGCCCCUGAAAGGGCCAGAAUUAGCUAUUUUGACCUUGUCUGCACAAUAGCAGCUUCAUUUAUGAUUUUAUUUUAACCAAACUUGCACACAACUGGUAUCACCAUAGGAUCUUGGUUCCUUUCUUCAACUGGUGAAAUUCCAUUAUGGGUUCCAGAGUUAUGGCCCCUGAAAGGGCCAGAAUUAGCUAUUUUGACCUUGUCUGCACAAUAGCAGCUUCAUUUAUGAUUUGAAUUUAAUCAAACUUGCACAAAACUUGUGUCACAAUAAGAUCUUGGUUCCUUUUCUAAACUGGCCAGAUCCCUUAAUGGGUUCCAGAGUUAUGGCCCCUGAAAGGGCCAAAAUUAGCUAUUUUGACCUUGUCUGCACAAUAGCAGCUUCAUUUAUGAUUUGAUUUUAACCAAACUUGCACACAACUUGUAUUACCACAAGAUCUUGGUUCCUUUUUUGAACUGGCCAGAUUCCAUCAUGGGUUCCAGAGUUAUGGCCCCUUAAAGGUCCAAAAUUGGCUAUUUUGGCUUUUGCAGCCAUAUAGAUACUUCAUUUAUGGUUUUAUUUGAUACAAACUUCCAAAAUAUCUUCAACAACAAUAAAUCUUGGAUUCCAUGACAAAUCAGAUCCAAUCUUAGGUUCCAGAGUUAUUUUAUAUCUGAUUACCUCCCCUGAUUGUAAUCAAAAUGGAUUUAUAUCAGUAAGUACUUAUAGGACUUACUUGAAAUAUCAUUAUUGUCAUUAGUUGGACUGAGCCAAUCAGGGUAGAUAACUAUGGACUGAUUUUAUGUCAAUCUACCUCCCUUUAAUUCAAAUUAAAAUGGGUAUAUCUCCAUAACUAAUGAAGAUACUGAUCUGAAAUUUCAUUUAUGUCAACAGAUUUAUUUGGCAGAUCCUUCUUUUGUUCACUUACAAUAAAUUUUUUCUUAAUUACUUCCCUUUUACGUUACUAUAAAUAGCUUAUUUUUAGUAACUUUUUUAUUAUUGGCCAUAGGGAAAAACCGAGACCACUUUUCUGUGGUACAACAUGGAUGGUACAUCCAAUUUUUAGGUGUAUUUUGACAUACCUGUACCUUGUAAGAAUUUUUUUUUCUUUUUGGUUAAAUUUCUUCCCUUUGUUGUUCCUGUCCUUUGGACUUAGAUAUUUUUUCUGAGGACCUUCUUGUCCUCAAGUGUAAUGAUAGCAGGUGAGCGAUAUAGGGCCAUCAUGGCCCUCUUGUUAGUGUAAGUAGGCCAAAGGUCAAGGUGACAGUGGCCUUGCAACUGAAAACAGUUUUUGAUGAACAACUGGAGAAUGACUAGGCAUAUUCUGAUCACUCUUCAAAAUAUGAUUGCUGUGGUCAUUGUUUUGCACUCAGCAGGUCAAAGGUCACUGAUCUUCGGACAAAAACUGGUACAUCAGUCUGGAUACUUCUUCAGCUUACCACCAUCAAACUAUUGUCAGUAAAUGGCCCAUAUUGUAUGAAGGGUCACUAAGAUAGGAUCUCUAGCUGAAGAAUUCUUGAGCCAAAGACUGUCAACCUUAAUAGAACAUUCUAUCAAAAUCUCAUCCAGUUACAUUCAAUAGGCCAUUUUGAUAAGCAUAUACAUUCUACAAACAGAUCUAUUGCUUGUCACCAUAUUUCAAAAAACUUCAUUUUUUUGUGCAUAAUUAUUAUGAAGAAAUGUAUGUUGUGCACCAGUAGCUGAAAAAAGUCAGUUCUAAAAGCAUCACAAGUGAUUGUUAAGAUUAAAGUUCCAAAUGUUUCUGGUUUACAAAAGUUUGUUUCUCAGUAAGAAUUUUCUUCGUGAUAGAGCUUUAAAUGUGUUUAGUAAAUACUCCCAUUUUUAUUUCAAAAUGUGGUGAUAAUUUCAUGUUUAUUUCUAUGUUUGGAAUGUGAAUAAAAAUGUUAAGACUA